AUGUCAGGUGUUAUUUGACAGCAAGCAGUAGAUAUUUUGGAGAAAAAUCGUAUUCCCAUUCGCAGUUUAUAUCGUGAUAAAUCUGCAAAAAACUAAUAAAAAUGUACACAGAAGUGGAUGUCUUCGUCAGUAAUUAUACAUUAAUAGACCCAGAGAUAUACCAGUUGUGGAUAGAAGGAUGUUCGUCGAGUGAGGCUGUAUCCACGCUACACCAGCGAGGGUUCGCUAAGCAGCAUGGAGCGACUGUCGAGCUGAUUGCCAGCGAUGUCCUGGACCAUUACAGAACCUUCGCCCUUCUAGAGCGCCUGCUGACAGUACCCACCAAGCUGUCAGAACAAAUGAUCUUCCAAAUUGACGAGCCUACUAAACAGAUGCUUAUUGAGAAAUAUUAUGACCUCGAUGACGUGGUCAUAAGAGAACUGCUCGGCAGGAAGCUGUCUUCUAGACAUAGAAAGGACUUGGAUGAGGUAGCAGAGCGUUCAGGAGCCCCCCUAAGAUGUUGCCGACGUCAGUUUGAUAAUGUCAGACGCGUUUUCAAAACUGUGGAGGAGAUGCCCGGGAAUGUAGUGGCUAAUAUAAGAAGUACCUUCUUACUAUCCGAGCCGUUGGCUAAGAAGUACGGUGCGGUAGUGUUCAUAGCGUGCAUGCGCUUCGAGACUGCCAAACGGAAGUUACAGUACCUGUCAUUCAACGACUUCUAUCAUUGUGCACAGGCCAUUAUGACCAGCUGGACGUACAGUUGCACGGGCCCGGAGUACUACGACACGGAGAUGGACCGCGAGUUCCUGCUCGAGCUGCGCGAGCUCCGGAUCCUGCUCGACAAGGAGAAGGAGCAUAAACAUUUAAUCUGUAUGCGCCUAAGACCGAAGCUUUUGGAAAAAUCUUAUCAAGAAUUGGAACUUAAUUUUAGAUUGUAUACUAGAGCCUUAGUGGGUCUUGCUUGUAAUCUGCACAGAGGGAGGGAGCUGAGGUCUCUGUUCAUAGAUCUAUUGGAAAGAUGUGUGGAGCCCCUCCGCUUGGGCUCGUGGCCGAGAACGGACUUGGCGCAGUUCCUGUGCGCUUACGAACAAUGCGCCUUGCAGAUGGAUGUGUUGAGGGAAGCUGACCUUAAAAGCGUAUGGGAGAGAUAUAUGAGGGUUAUUAGUCAGUGUCUGUUGACCAUGUAUCAUAUUUAAUUAUUAACUAUUAGUAAUUAAAACAAAUUAAUAUUAAGGUAUUUAAUUGGGAUGAUGACCGGGUAUAGAAAGUAACAAAUAGAUUUAAAAAAUCUAACUGAAUGUCUAAAUGUAAAUCUAAUCUAAUAAAAUUCUAUCAAAAUCG